UACACAUGGUUAUUUGUCACAUACACAUGGUUAAUCAAAUUAUAACUAAAGGUAGAUUUCGGUCAAAUUGGGAUCAACUUCUAUUUGGGCAAAUAGCCCAGAUCUAUUGAAAUCGCAUUGUGUUGGCACUUUUCAUGCAUAGUCUAUUCAUGAAAUGAAUUAUCUUGAGUUUGAGGGAUGUUUAAUAAUUUCAGGCUAGCCUACAACACCAACUGCACAUCUAUAGGCCUAAUUUGUGUUGGUUGAAUGAUUGGCUCGGUAAUUAAUUGGCGCCAUAAUUUCAUGAUUCAAUACAUUACCAUAUUUCACGUGCAUUAGCGAGAAAUUAUAUUCCAUAAUAUUGUGAAUGGAGUGCAUCUCACAUGGGCACAUAGAAUAAACGUGCCGUGCAUCCAUGUGUUUCUACGCGGGAGCCAUGCAUUUGUGGCCAUCGGGAAGGAUUUAUAGCCUAAUCGUGAUGAAUCCCCGUGGUGGCACGCGCAGGUCUUCGUAAUUAUGGCAGUCGUUCUAACCGAGAGGGGAGAGAGAAAAAAAACACCCUGAUAGGAGGCAUUUUAUCUUCAUCACUGGACCGCUCAAUUCCAAUUAAUUUGACAAGAUUUCCCUCACGCGAAGCGCAAAUCCCUAUUAAAAGACGCAUACUGUAAAUGACAACCCUCUAAACGCUUCGCGUGUCCGAAUGAAAUGGAAGAGGAGAGAAAGGGAACGACAAAAGGUUAAGACGCAGCUUCCCGGAGUUAUUUCCCGGCAGAGCGCCCUAAGCCACAGUCAUUGGCCCUAAGCCAGCCCCCUCCGGAGUGCUCCUAGUGUUUCUAUAGUAAUUUCUAACCAAUGAUCAGUAGGUGUCCACAUCCUAGCUUCCUCACCUCAGCACCAAUCAGCCACACACAGCGACAGGAGACAGCACGGAGCUAACACUAGGCAGCCACACACAAUACACCUCGGACCAAGCAGAGGAAACACCUACAACGCACCGUUAUUUCCCCCCUACAGCGCCGUGGUUUUAUAAUAAUACACCGUUUUUUUUCUUCUAAAAAGCUCGAUAAGCUAUCGCUUUAAGUUUGCUAUUUUUUGUACUUUUUUUCUCAAGCCAGGAAAAUAAGUAUGUAAACAUGCUCCUUUUGUUUUGAGCGCUCUUUUUCAGUGUGGCUGUGCUCUUCCCACAUCCUCGCGUUAUUUUAUAUCUCCAUCGCGCCUUGCGGUAAUGUGCCGCUCUGUGUUGGCAGCAGACUGCUAGGCGUCUGGAAUCUCUUCUCGCCAGGAACCUGGUAGUGCUGGAGGAGACAGAAGCAGGAUGGUAACAUAUUGUUGGUGGUAACCAGCAGCUUCUAGUUUGACGAAGGCCACCGUUGACGGCGACCCCAGACUCUUCCCCAGUGAACCCUGCUCAACCGUCCCCCAGCCAUGUCUAAUAUAAACAAUGCUCUCUGCAUUGAGAACGGACAGAACGCAGACGUGUCUCUCUUACAAAAGGAUAACCUUCAGAACCUGCAGAACUUGCAGAACUUGCAGAACCUCCAGGAUGGUGGAUUAAGCCAACUUUUGGAUUAUAACGCCGAGAUGGAACGGUACCGCUCUUUCGCAAACUUUUACAAAACCAACGGCGCGUUCGGCCAGACGGCCAAGAUCGCCCGCAUCACGACCCCCAUUUUCCCCAGUGCCCGGAUAGGCAUGUCCCCGUGGAACUGCGAUAACGCCAUGCUCUGGGGGAGGAAAUCGGCCACAAUAAACCCUAAUAGGACCAGCAUGCACAGGAAUGACUCCCAGACCGGGAAACAUGGCGUGCCGCCAGAAACGCUACAGCAAAUGGCAAAUAAUAAUUUCCUCUCUACCUUAUCCCCCGAACACUGCAGACCUUUAGCGGGAGAAUGCAUGAACAAGCUGAAAUGCGGCGCCGGCGAAGCAGAGAUAAUGAAUCUCCAGGAACGUGUCGGAACUUUUUCCGCCAUUCCGGCUUUAGGGGGCAUCUCAUUACCUCCCGGGGUCAUCGUCAUGACAGCCCUUCACUCCCCCGCAGCCUCGGCAGCCGUUACAGACAGUGCGUUUCAAAUUGCCAAUCUGGCAGACUGCCCACAGAAUAAUUCCUCUGCGUCCGGCGGGAACCCAGCGAAGAAGAAACGGAAGCGGUGCGGGGUGUGCGCGCCCUGCCGGCGGCUAAUCAACUGCGGCGUGUGCAGCAGUUGUCGGAACCGUAAGACGGGCCACCAGAUCUGCAAGUUCAGGAAAUGUGAGGAGCUGAAAAAGAAACCCGGCUCGUCGCUGGAGGUAGGUCCGUGUUUUCCUAGACUGGUCCCUGAUCUGUUGACAAAGACCUUAGGCGUUGGCUAUACAGCCUGGGACCAGAGGACACCAGUCAACAAUGGCGAGGCAUUCCGGUGGUUCUUUUAGAGCGCCCGACCUUAGUGACAUCAACACGCGGUCAGAGGUCCAGUUAGAACUCUGAUGACAUCACUGCAGGAAGCACUGGGGGUUCAGAGAACCCAAACAACCUCCCAGUUUUUAAACCAGGAGACAGAAACUCUAAAAAGAUGAAAGGAUAAACAUUAUGGUGUUGGUUUAACUCUGUAAUUUCCUUUCCUGUGUAAUUAUUGUACCUUUUGACAGUAUCAUAAUGUCUAUUUUCGGUGUAUAUGAAUGUGUUUCAGUGUUGUUUGGCUGUAAAGUUUACAGUCAAUCUUAUGUAAAGGACUCAAUGGACAAUCAUCACCAAUAUGUCAACAACAAAGAUGGCCGCUGCUGGGAUUGAUCAUGUGAUCGUCACACACAACCUUGGAGCAAUAAUCUUUAAAGUUGAUUAUUCUGCUUGUGUUUUCCCUUUAUUUCCGAUUUCAAAUUAUUAUAUCGAAGCUGAAUUAUUUUUUAUAAAAUGUGUCUUUUUUGUUUAAUGCUUGCAUUCCCUGUUUGUGUGUGUGCGCCUCUGACUGAGGGAAACUACAAGGUCCUCCUUGGUAAAUGUGAUGUAUCAUAUAAGUGACACACCAUGCCAGAGAGAACGGCAUUAUUAUUUAGAUGCUUUCAUUUGGGGUUUCUUUCCGUUUUUGUCCAGCACGUUACGAAACAGGGCACAUUGUCUUGUGUAGCGAGUUGUACUUUUUUGGAAAACAAAAAGGAGCAUCGUUGUGUUACAGUUACUGCACAAAGGGGUGGUUGUGAGCCAGACUGUUUCUCUUUGCUUUUGAUACGCUUCAAAGAUGGUGUUAUGAUUCGCUAUUUCAUGUAACUGUCUUGCCACCUCCUGACCAUCUUCUGGGUUUUUGUUUGAAAUACAAAGGUCAUCUUAUAGGUAACACUAUACUUAAAUCCUGCAGGUAUAAUGCCUCUACUUAUAUCCUGCAGGCAUAAUGCUUCAUUACUUGUUUAUAAGCAGGCAUAAUGCUUCAUUACUUGUUUAUAAGCAGGUAUAAUGCUUCAUUACUUGUUAUUAGCAGGUAUAAUGCUUCAUUACUUGUUUAUAAGCAGGUAUAAUGCUUCAUUACUUGUUAUUAGCAGGUAUAAUGCUUCAUUACUUGUUUAUAAGCAGGUAUAAUGCUUCAUUACUUGUUUAUAAGCAGGCAUAAUGCUUCAUUACUUGUUUAUAAGCAGGUAUAAUGCUUCAUUACUUGUUAUUAGCAGGUAUAAUGCUUCAUUACUUGUUUAUAAGCAGGUAUAAUGCUUCAUUACUUGUUAUUAGCAGGUAUAAUGCUUCAUUACUUGUUUAUAAGCAGGUAUAAUGCUUCAUUACUUGUUAUUAGCAGGUAUAAUGCUUCAUUACUUGUUAUUAACAGGUAUAAUGCUUUAUUGCUUGUUUAUAAGCAGGUAUAAUGCUUUAUUGCUUGUUUAUAAGCAGGUAUAAUGCUUUAUUGCUUGUUUAUAAGCAGGUAUAAUGCUUUAUUGCUUGUUUAUAAGCAGGUAUAAUGCUUUAUUGCUUGUUUAUAAGCAGGUAUAAUGCUUUAUUGCUUGUUUAUAAGCAGGUAUAAUGCUUUAUUGCUUGUUUAUAAGCAGGUAUAAUGCUUCAUUACUUGUUAUAAGCAUGUAACGUCCAUUACAAUGUCUUAUGAGGUUUAUGAUAUAUACUUGCAGACUAAGUAAAGUGUUACUGGUUAUUACACCCAAGCUGUCUAAAAGGGAGUUAUUAAUAAUACUAGUAAAGGGAUUCUGAGGUUAAAUGAACAUGAUUCAAAUGGAAUAUUAAGUCAACAGUACAGUUUACAUAUCUGACAACAGUUGUAUACAUUAUAAGUGCUAUAUGUUCACUGUGAGUAUCUGUCUGACUCCAGUUAUUCUGGAAGUACGGGACUUUCCAUACCUUUCUCCUGCAGAGACCACAACAACAACAAAUGCCUGAGCUGAAGCAAGAAGUGGACACAUUCCAAAAACGACAACAAUUAUUCAAUAAAUGACUCAUCGUCUUCAAAACCCUAUUGUUGCAUGUGUAAAUGUGUUUUGGUUUUAAAGAUGAACAAGAAUUUGUAUAUUGUUGUUGUGAUGCUUUUAUGUGUUCAAAUAAAAAAAAGGACUAAAAACAAAUAUUUUGAAUGUCAACGAAUAACGCAACAUUUUUAUCCUCACAUUCUACAAUUAAAUAUUGGAUUAUGAUUCA